AUACAUGCAAAUAACAUUUCUUUGUAUCAUAGCUCGGUGUUUUUUCUUAACAAAUUUGGUGCAUGUAAAUCGUAUACACUGAGUACAGGGUGCGGUAACUAAAAGCGUGCAGGAAUUUAAUACCCCGUGCUAGUUACCGCACUGUUGGAUAGGAAAGUAUGCCAGCGUGUCUGGAAUUGUAGACAGCGAAGUGUAUUUUAUUGAUUUUCUGCUCUCGCAUUGGUUUAUUUUACCUGGGCUUUACAUAUUUGUAAAGCAAGGAUUUUAAGUACUCACUUGAACUGCUGUAUAUGGCAAUGUGGAACGCCUACAACUACAAUAUAUGGAUGGCUAUGAUACAAAACAGAAAGAACAUUAAAACUCUCGGGUAAACGAUUUUUACUCGGGGGCUACACCUCCUUGUACAAAUCGUUUACCCUCGAGUUUCAAUGCUCUUUCUAUUACUUAAAACCGCCGUAUUUUCAGUAGAAAAAAAACAUGGAAAAUUUACGAAUUGAGACAAUAGAAAUGCAUACGGGAGGUGAACCAUUGAGGAUUGUGAAAUCUGGAUUACCUAUGGUUCCAGGAGAAACGAUUUUGGACAAGAUGAGAUAUUUAAAAGAGAAUUUAGACAGUCUGAGGAAAUUGAUAAUCUUUGAACCGCGUGGCCACUAUGACAUGUUUGGCGUGUAUCUUGUUGAUGUUGAGGGUGCAGAUAUAGGAUGUAUUUUUAUUCACAAUGAAGGAUAUAGUACAAUGUGUGGCCACGCAGUGCUCGCACUCGGGAGGUAUGUCGUAGACCAUGGUAUUGUACGGGAACCAGUAUCGCCUGAGACCAGGAUCGUGAUGCAGUGUCCAUGUGGCCCUGUUGAAGCAUUUGUCCAAUACGAACACGGGAAAACGGGAAACGUUCGAUUUAAUAGCGUUCCUUCAUUUUUGUUUCAAAAAGAUAUAGAAGUUGAUGUUCCCGGCUACGGUAUUGUGACUGUAGACGUCAGUUACGGUGGUGCAUUCUUUGCGUUUCUGCCAGCCGAACGGCUAGGAUUUGAUCUGUCCACUACACCCACUGAUCAGCUACGCAAUGCCGCAGGCACAGUUACAGAGACAUUGAAGGGUGUUUUGAAACUGACCCAUCCUGAGAAUUCGGACCUGGCUUUCCUGUAUGGUACUAUACUGACAGAUGGAAAAGAUGAAUACAGCGAUGCUUCACAUACGUGUGUUUUUGCGGAUAAAGAGGUUGACAGGUCACCGUGCGGAUCGGGAACUACAGCACGUAUGGCACAACAGUUUCAUCGUGGGUUGAUCAAACUCGGUCAGAAACGUACAUUCAGAGGUCCUGCCGGAUCAAAGUUUGUCGCAAGGGUCGUUAAACAAGUGAAAAUUGGCUCACAGGACGCGGUAAUUGUUGAAGUGUCCGGCAAAGGACACUACAUGGGGUCCAGCGUUUUUACACUCGAAGCGGACGACGAAAUAGGGAAAGGAUUUUUGUUGAAAUAAAAUCUGCAAAUGUUCGAUGCAGGCUUUGGGGUUUUUUUUGCAGCCGAACACCUAAUGCUUGAUGAAAUAAAGUUUUCAUCACUUCAUCUUACAAGUUGCAAGGACUACACUCCCUAUCUUCUAAACUCAAAUAAAGGACUGUGUUACUGUACAGAAACUCCCAAAAUAUUGCAAUCCAGCUGGAUUUAGAAAUAACAAGCAAAUUCAGUGAAUUUAUAUCCCCGCCGAAUAUGUUGUUUCUGUGAAUGAGGGGACUAUAUUUUGAGACCUAUCUGAUAUAUGGGCUUUCCUUGGAACGAAAUCAGCUCGUUUGUAUAUUUCGGACAUUCACUAUUUUACUUUUCUUUUCAAGACUGGGUUUAGGUCAUUAAAAUAUGAAAUGAUAUGAUAGUAUCCACAGUGUCCAAUGGUUACUUUAAAGGGUUAGGAAAGCCUGACAAUUAAUUUUAUAUGAAAGCCGUCUUCAAGCCAUUCAUAAUGCUGGAAGAAUUUUUAAAAUCGGAUUACUAUUGAAAAAGAUAUGGAAGUUUAAAUUUAAGAAAAUGGCUAAUCAUGGAGGCAGCCAUUGUAGUGUGUUUAUGACGUCAUUUACACACUGCUGAAUUCUUAUUUAGCAAAUUAUCUUUUAAAUAGAUUAAUUUUCAUAUGUUUCUUGAGUGUAAGGUGUAAAGUAUGAUAAUUUCUUUUAUUAUAGCUGGAAAAAGUACAGAAAUUGUUUUACAAAAAUAAGUAAAUACAGUUCAAAUGUGUGUCUAAAAUUUCAUAAAUCCGCCAUUUUGUUUUUUUGUUGCCAUGGAAACAAAAUGGCCGCCAAUUUGAACAAAUAUUUAAGUGCUCAUAACUUUCUCAUUUUUACUCAGAUUUUGAAAAUUCUUUCACUUCUUUAAAUGAUUUAAGAAAUCUCAGCAGACGAAAUAAACGUAAAAACAAGGUUGCCUUUCCCUUUAAGAUGCUGGAUAAUCUCAUAUCAAAAGGAGCGGUUCUGGGUGAUUUUCGGUGAGAUUGUCUUUAUCUGUUAUUUUGAAAUUAUUGUCAAUGACGGCAUGCAGCGCAAGAUGUGCUCCCAUUUCAGAAUACUCGUUGCAAAUUUUGAAUCACAGUAAAUUAGAUCGUUCUAGUGAAUUGGACACAAGAUUUCUUUGACACUUGGUUGCAAGGAAUAUCCCUGAAAUUCGAGAGAAACAGUGGUUUUACAAAUUUCCAGCUUGCACGCUUGUAGAGUCAUUAUGUUAUUUUUUCUAACAUGUUUAAAGUUUCCUGAAUUCUACAAAAUUGAAUGAAAUUGAGUAAAAUGUAGACCAGUACCAAUAUACAAUUAACAUAAUUUCGUACCUAAUCAAGUGUCAGCGCUAAUGACCUUAGGGUAAAUUGCUGAUACGUUAUAUGUCUAUUAUUUAUACAACAGGUCAAAGCCGCUGAAGUAUAAAAUAUUUUUAUAGCUCUUUGAAAAGGUUUAUGGCUUAUAUCCGGUGGGGUAUAUGUGACGCGACAUUCGGUAUAUGUAUAGUUUAUACAAGUUUAGUGUUAAUAUCUGGGUUCUUUGGGGUCUCCGACCAAACGAAAGUGUGACGUAUCAGCAUAUUUAAUGACCAUAGUUUAAUUUAACUUCAAAUGGGGGAGUAAUCUGUUAAGUGUUAUGUUUACAGGGAGACGCUCAAAAUCUCCUCAGUCAAAACCCCCUUGGCUGAAAAAUGACAUAGUGAUUUUGUUUUGUUAUAUUCAUUUUUAUUUGAUUACGUUGCGCUGCGUAGUUUCGGCCGUUUCCGGCCAAACUAAUCAAUCGUAGGCUCAGCGAAAUUUGAACUUUGAGACCAGGGGCCGUAUUCAUAAAGCAUCUUAAGUAUAAGUUUUGACUUAAGUUUAAGAUUUUACUUAAGUUUGUGGUCAUUUCAACUUAAGUCUAAGUAAAAACUUAAGUUCUAGUCAUAAAACAGAUAAAACUUAAGAUACGUAAGAAAUGACUUAAGUCGGAAAAUAAAAUAGCGUGGUGAGUACGAUUAACGUGUUGUUUUCAGAUAAAAGCACUUUAAACAUAAUUGUGCAUGUUGUAUCUGUCUAAAAUUAAUGUUCUUUUUUAAUGUUUUCGUCCACAAUAAAAACAAGAAUACUUAUUAAGUUGUUUUAUGAAUAACAAAUAUACUUAAGUAAAAUAAAUUUCUAACCUAAGUAAUACUCAAUACAAAUGUUAUGCAACUGCAUAACUGUCAAUUUUCACUAAGAAAUGCAGAAUUUAUAGAUUGUAUAAUUCCUUAAAUUUUAUCAGAAUGAAUGUGUCUACUAUAUCAAUAUUUUAUAUACAAGUGUAGUUGAUAUAUUAAAAGAAAUAUUGUAUUAACAUAAUCUAAAUCAUUUAUGUUAAAUGAAAUGGUUGCAAAAAAUAUUUGUCAGACCUUCUCCACAUUGAAGUGUAUGUAAUUAUAUAUAUGUUUUCACUGUUCGUCAUAUCUGUAUGUAUGCUUGUUAUGCCAUGAUGGGCUAAUAGCCUUAUGGAAUAAAUAAAAUAAAACUGAAACUGAAAUUGAAACUUAAGUAAAUAAUCAAUUUCUUAUACUUAUACUAAAGUUGCUUUAUGAAUAUGGCCCCUGAUAUCAAAUACAGGUCGAUGCCUGGAGGUGUUUUAAUUUUUUUUUUUAUUUAUUUAUUUGGUAAUGUUUCAUGUUAUUAUCCUAUUAAUUUUGUCUAAAUUUUCAAAAGAUAAAUAAAUUAAGUCAUGCUAUGUACGAUUGUUGUGUUUUCGAAGUAAUUAUGUAACAAAAUCGACUAUAAAGAGACCCGCGGUUCCCCAAAAAAACAUCAAAGGUGAAAAAUGCCACUGACCAUGAACUACAUCUAUACCCUACUUUUUAAUAUAAUAACAUUUAAACCUUCAAAUUAUAUAAAACUUACAAAAACGCAGUUUAAAAAAAAAACACCUUAUUUAGACCGAUAUCUGUCCGUACACAGCUGGUUUAUCUAUAGAAUACAUGCUUAUUGUAUAUGCCAUAUCGAUAAAUAGAGAGAUUUUCGCGCUCACGUGCUGUUAUAACACCUUUUUAUAUAUGCGCGUUUAUGGCAUGCGAAUUGCACAGUAAAUCCAAGAACAUAUGUUCUCAGGUGAGAACCUAGGUUCUCACUCCAGAUCACAAGUUUUUCAGAGAACAUAGGUUCUGACUUGGAAAAGGUAUGUUCUGGGUCGAGAACUUAUGUUUUCCACGGGUUUUCAUUGGCUAAUCGUUUAUUCUGUUAUUACACUCCAAUACAGUCGGCAUUUUCAAUCGCACGAAGCAUUGUAUAUCUGUUAUCAGAAUAUAGAUUAAAUAUAAAUAUGU